UAAAAAGGGUUUCGCUUUCAUUUCGCACUCUCAAUUCUUCUCAUUUUUCUAAAAAUCAUUUCAAGAAAAUUGUACAAUUGGCUUCAGUUCAGCUUCUUCUUUAUAAAGAUAGUCGCUUUAUUAUCAUCCGUGGAAAAAAAUAGUUCUGGGUUUUUUCUGAUCUGAGCUUUCGAUUUAGGAGAAAGGCUUUUAGUUGUUCUCCCUUUUACAUGGAGAAAAGUAUCAUAGCAGUGAAAGGAACUUCUCAAGCAAGCGAUAUCAAUACUUCUGUGUCGAAAUCCUCGGGAUCGGUCAUACAAAUUGAAUCAAUAUCUAUAGACCUUGAUAUUCCUAUGCCGAAGAAAGAGGAAGGGAACUGCCAGCAUUUUUCAAUACGUGGAUAUGUUGCUGAGAUGAGAAAAAGGGACAGGAAAAUUUGUUCACCUUUCGCAUCAAGCAGUGACUGCAGUACUACUUCUGAGGAGCAGCUUCCUCCUCUAGAUGUUCCCAAAUUUAGGUGGUGGCGAUGCAAAAAUUGCAUUCACGAGAUUGGCACAGAAAGUGCAGGAGAAGAUAGUGAGAUCCUUUCUUCAAGCAGCAGAAGUAGAUUGAUCUCUGCAAACAUGGCUUCUACUAGUGCUAUGGCAAAUGUAUUGCCGGAGACAAAGCAUGAGUUAACUUCACGAAAAAGUGACAGAAACAAAGCUAUUAUCGAUGAUUCUCCCAAUACCAGUGGUGGCUAUGACUUCUUAUGUAAACCGAACACAGGAAUUAGGCGCACUGUAGUUGAAGACAAAGCUAUUGCAGCUGGCAACAGAACUGGUUCAGGAAAAGUUAGAAAUGUGACGGGAUAUCCAACUAUUGAGGUAGCAAUAUCUAAAGAACACUCAAGUCAAGAAAUAGAUACAAAGAGCCCAGCUGCUAAUCUCUCAAACAACAGCAUACGAGUUGCAAUCUCUGACUCAACCCUGUCAGCGGGUAAAAUUGUUUCUCAUAGAAAUCUCCACAUAAGUGCGGAUGAUGUAAGUGCUGAUAUUAGUCCAGAGAAAGAAAUGGAUUCUCCAAAUGAUGGACUGAGCAAAGCCUCUAUGGCUUUCAAGGGAUAUGAUGUACCAGGUAGCAACGGUAAAGCUCUUGAAACUAGCAAGACGAAACUAAGUAGGCUACCUUCCCUUGAAUUGAGAGAUUAUGAUGAAACAUCUUCAAGAAGUGACAUAAUUUUGGCUGAAAAAAGACAGUGUGAUUUGUACAAUCAUAUUCCAAACGAUCUACCACGUCGAAAAACUCGAAAGGUGCGUCUGUUGACUGAUAUAUUGGGUGGACAAGUCAAUUUGGAGACUAGGCAUGCCAAGGCAGAGCGUACACCAUCGAGUACGACGCCCUCUGUGCCUUCUGAGCUAGAUACAGUUGGUGCUCCUAAGGAUAAGGGAUCCUUUCAGAAGAAGAGGAAGUUGUCUCAAGAAGAUGACAGCAAUCUGUCGGAGAUGAGCAUACAAUGUAACGUGGCUAAAAGGGUCAGGUCCUUUCAUGAAAUUGAUGAUUCACGUUCAUAUGAGAAGGAAUCUGAUGGAGAAGGUAUACCGAGUGGCACCAAAAAUCUGCGAAUUAAGCAUAGAAAUGGUAUAAAUAAAAAGAAAAACAAGCAGCUUCGACCUGUCGAUGGAUAUUCUCCUGAAAUGCCCUGGCAGGAUACAACCAUGGAAGAUUGUGGUUCAAAGGGAUAUGGUGCUGUGAAUAGCUUCGUUCAUUCUGCGCAAAGGGAUGGGAAAUUUGAACCUCAUUUAAGGAGUAGUUAUCAGUCAUUGGUAGGAACAGACAGAGACUCUGAUUUGUGUUGGAACAGUAAUAAGUUUCCUGAAGUUGGACGUGUUCCGUCAACUCUUAUGCAUCCGGACAAUAAUUUCCCGGGGGAAAGUUCAACCAGGAGGAAAAAUCUCAUGCCUGUGACUACUGAUAUGGAAAUGGUGACCUCUCAGCCAACGCAUGAAUUAUCUGACAAAGUAAGGCUAGACCUGUCUUUGAACAGCUUCAAUCAUGCUGAGAAUGAUAUUACCCAAAGCAGAAAUAUGACAAACUGGCCAUUCAUUCUGCAGAAGGGCAAUAAGAGUAGUGAUCCUCGAGGGAAAGAUAAUACUCUUGUCGAACAGUCCAAUGUGCCUAAAUCAGGUCAAUCUUCAAGGAAAGGAGUGAUAUAUGACCUCAACCAGGGAAUUUCCCAGACAUCAUCAAUGUGGCAAGAGAUUCAAAACUCUCCAAUUCUUCUUCAGAAGGGGAACCUUCAUGUUCCCGAUAUAAUGGAAAUCCCUCACCGGCAUAACAAAGAAAAUCUUAAUGAAUUCCUAGAGCGUUCAGAUGUAAUUAAGCAUCAAAGAAAUCAACACUCUGAGAAGGCUUUAGAACGAGGGUUGUCAGAUGAUAUACCAAUGGAAAUUGUGGAGCUAAUGGCGAAGAACCAGUACGAGAGGGGUCUUACUGAGACCAAAACCAAAUGCAUUAUUGAAAGAACUGAUGGUAUCGCAAGGCCGCAUACUGAGAUACAUGAGAGUGAAGCAAUGACAUGGUCACGUCCUGGUGUAAUUAGUUUCCAUCCAGCUAAUGCGAAAACAAACACUGAUGUUGGAGCAAGCAGAGGAAGCACCCUCCAAUUCUCUCAUGUUAAGAGGAACCACCUCGGGAUGGCCCAGGUUGAAAGACUGCCGGUCAAACUGUUUGGUACUUUUCCACAAACUCAACAAGAAUUAUCUAGUGGAGGGCAAGGUUCUGAUAUGCCUGCCAUGCAUAUCAGAUCCGGUUUUCAGCGUGGUGAAGAAGCAAACCCUCUAUGGUUUUCAACUGUGCAGAACACACCGUUAGGACAUGGAAUUGCACAGAAAUCCAUUGGUCAGCCAAAUGACAAAAUGAUUCAGAAAGGGAGGACUAUCAGCGACAUAAAGAGUGGUGAUGUGAGAAUGCAGAAUGAGCCUCAUCUUCUUUUACCCAAAUCAGGAGGCAAUGCCGAUUUGAACGUGAAAAGUAUGGCGUCUUUAGAUCCUUAUAAUAACGAGGCAAUCCCAGCUAUGCAGUUACUCAGCCUUAUGGAUCGAAGGAUGCCACCAUCAACUCCUCCUUUCAAUCUGGAUGCAAACAAGCUCCGGGAGAAACCUUUUUCUCCGUGCAGUUAUCACCCGAGGUUUCAUAUGGAUGGUAAGCAGAGUAUUCUCAACGGGUCAUAUUUAUCACAUCAUCAGUUGAAGGACUCUACCGGGGUAUACGCUGGUGGUUAUUACGCAGAUCAAAUAUCUUUCAAGUCUCCAGGACAAGAGAAAUCAAGAAAAUCUCAUGCACCUUCUCGUUGUGGUGGAAGCAAAUCGGAGAGAUUUGUGUCUUCAAAUGGACUGCUAAGCAUGACUCAACAUUCUUAUCCUGAGAAGGAUGAGCAAAACAGAAUCCUUGGCACAUCAAGUUCUCGGGUGCUUCCGCUGCAGGAUCAUAAUGCUUCAAAACUCUUUGACUUGGAGGGCAAGAGUAAUGCCAGAGCUAUAUUGCCAGUCAACGGAAGUAACAUUUGCAGCCUUAACCGAAACCCUGCUGAAUUUAGCGUUCCAGAAGAAGGGAACCCCUUCACCAGGAGUGUAAAGGAUCCAAGAAUUGGGAAGAAGCGAAAGCAGCGGAGAAUUACAAAGGAAAAAGAAGGGAGACUACCAUCAUUAGGCCGUGCAUUGUGAAUGCCACCAAUUACCUAUCUUUGUUUGCUGUGGAGACUCAAUUCUGCUGAAAGCAUACCUCCUAAUUAUACUCGGGUAUAUCAGCUUUUCUUAUGGUUCCUGAGAUUCAUAGGACAUGGUUAAUGCUGGUUGGUUUCCCAGCAUAUCCUUUCAUUUACUAUACCAGCUAAAAUUUUAAAGGUAAAACACUCUAUGAUAAUAAAAAAUGUAUCAAAAUGCUCAGAGACUUUGAAUAGAGUUAUACUCUGGAGACAAACUUGAACUGAUUCUGGAUCUUGAUCCAGCUUACAGGCAUGGUGAAUUCUAGAUAUAUAACUUGUGUGUUGUUGUG